UAAAGCAAAACCCUAUAAAACUUAAAUUUCAGGCAUAAACUGAGAGAGAGAUAACAUCGUUGCAGUGGCGCGCCCAAUGGCUCUGGGAAUCUCUAACAUACUGCACUGCCCCAAAUUGAGUUUCUCCCACAAUAAUUUUCUCCCCAAAGUUCCAACCUCUAUCAGCCUCAGGUUUCCCCAGACAGCAGCAUGGAGUGAUAGAAAGAUUAUCUGUGCUGCUGCAUCUGCGGCAGGAAGCUCUAAUCCCGAUGGUGAAUUUAAUCCUUAUGAGGUGCUAGGUGUAAGCCCUAUUGAGAAAUUUGACAUGGUCAAGGCAGCAUAUGCUAAAAAAAAGAAGGAGGCUGAGAUGAAUGGCGAUGAAGCAACUGCUUCAAGACUGGAAAAGGCAUAUGACAAACUCAUGAUGGCUCAAUUGUCUAAUCGGAAAAAGGGUGUGACUUUUGGAUCAUUUAAGGUUUCAAAGGAGAUCAAGUAUGCUGACAAGCUUCCAGUUAUACCUUGGGGGCCAAGGCUUACUAAAUCAAGUCAAAAUGACAUGCGCAUCAACUUGGCAAUAUCUGCUGUUUUUACAGCUUGGAUCCUUGUCAAGCGCAGUGCUGAAUAUAAACCUUUGCAGUUUUUAGCCUUUGCCUUUGUUUAUAGGCUUUUUGAGAAGUUAAAAGCCUCUGAAUCUCCUGUAACCCCCAAAUAUAAUGAAGAGGGUGAAGACACAGGAGAAGGACUCCGCAUGGGAAAACGACUGCUCCGAUCACUAGCCUUGGUUUUUGGAUGUGUAGCUAUUUCAUCUUUGGCAUACACUUUCAUUUUGAACAUAAUUGAGUUUGCAGGUGGUUUUAUUCCUACUCUUUUGUACAACAGUCAGGAGUUGAUAAUCACCACUUCAUCGGCACUCAUGCUUUAUAUCAUGGCAUCUUAUUAUAGAUAGUGGAGUGUGUCUUGAAGACGAAGAAACCAUGCAUCUAUUCACCAUCCCUUUUUUUUUUUAAGUCUUUUUCCUCCCUUCUCUUUCUUUUGUUCUUAUUGUGAACUAAAGUGCUUUUCUUACAAAUUUUGUCAAAAGAGAUGCUUUUUCCUUGUUUUAAUAUACUAAAUUAGGGAUAGUGUCAACUUUCUUAUGGUACUUUUUUCUUUUCUUUUUUGGGAAGGGAGGGGGGUCAUUUAUAUUGAUUUUGACUAUUCACAUCAUAGUGGUAUAUAAGUCUUGUAUUCUUGCUCGUU